UAUUAUAGAUUUUGGGAUUGAGGAGGAAUUGUUGUGAGUUAUUCCAAAAUGGUAUUGGAAGCAGUUAUGGUAUGUGUAGACAACUCUGAGUGGAUGAGGAAUGGUGACUAUCCUCCUAGUCGUUUGGAUGCCCAACAAGACGCUGCCAACUUGGUCUGUGGUGCCAAGUUGCAACAAAAUCCGGAAAACACGGUUGGUUUGAUGACUAUGGCAGGUGGAACACCGGAGAUAUUGGUUACUCAAACCCAAGAUAUUGGUGUGAUAUUGAGUUCUUUGCAUGGUUUACGCAUUCGAGGUAAAGUAGACUUGAAAGGUGCCAUCUUGAAGGCGCAGUUGGCACUCAAACACCGACAAAAUAAAGUACAGAGGCAACGACUGAUAGUCUUUGUGGGAAGUUAUGUGGACGUUCCUGAAGAAGAGUUGGUUUCUUUGGGACGAAGGUUGAAGAAGAACAACGUAGCUUUAGAUAUCGUUAGUUUUGGGGAAUGUGAAGCGAACGAAAGCAAAUUGGAAGCUCUCAUCGAGGCAGUCAACUCGAAUGAGAAUAGUCAUCUAUUGAGUGUUUUACCUGGACCUCACAUCUUAUCAGAUAUUGUAUUGACUUCACCUAUUGUACAACAAGAGGCCAUGGAUACUGGUUAUGGUGUUGGGACAGGUUCUUCUAUAAGUGGACAAACUGGUGGUGGAGCUAGUGAUUUUGAGUUUGGAGUUGAUCCCAAUGUUGACCCGGAACUUGCAAUGGCUUUGAGAAUAUCUAUGGAAGAAGAAAAGUCUAGACAAGAAGCCUUGAGUAGGCAACAAGAAAUGGAUACGAGUCGUAGCGAAGAGUAUAGGAAAGAGGAACAAAGUAAUGCGGAUAUUUCUCAAGGAGAUGAAGCAGAUGCUGAGUUGUAUGAUUCAGGAACGAAUGCACAUGUGAUGCAAGUGGAUUCUGGUCAAAGUAGUGGUAAUGAUCCAACAUCGAAAAGAACUAAUGAAGAAGAACAAGAAGAUUAUGAUGAUGAAGAAGAAGAAUUGCAAAAGGCUUUGAAAAUGUCUCUUCAAGAUACAUCGGAAACCAAAAAGCAACCAUAAUGAAUAUUGGCUGUGUGUGAGAGACAUACUUUAUUCUUCUUGAGUAUUUUGCGUAGAUAAUAAAUGAGAACCUUCAGCUGUUGCUCUUCUAGAAUUUGCAUAUCGAUAAAGUCCUAAUUGAUUCC